CUGAGGCCCAGACCAGCAGCCAUUUGAAAUUUUUGCUCUUCUUGGCCCAGCAGCAUUGUCCAAGACAGGGUCUGCUAGCGGUGGGUCUCCUUUUCCUCCAUCUGGUUUCUCUUCCCCGAUGAUCGACGUUGUUGACCGGAGCAUCAUCUGAAGGUUGUAUGUUGGCUUCUUCCUCGUCCGUUCUGCGACGACAGCAUUUCUUGGUGAGGUCUCUGUGUCUGGGAGGUUACGGCAAUCGCAAGAGAUUGCACGACAUAAGGUCGAUGGCUUUUGAUACUGAGGCUGAGAACAUUCUGAGGGAAAUUACUCCACCGCUUGACCCAAGUAAAUAUAAAGGCCAGGCAGGCAAGGUAGCAAUUGUUGGUGGAUGUCGUGAGUACACUGGCGCUCCAUAUUUUGCGGCUAUUUCUGCCUUGAAAAUUGGUGCAGAUUUAUCACAUGUUUUCUGCACAAAAGAUGCUGCCCCGGUUAUAAAAAGCUACAGCCCCGAAUUGAUUGUGCACCCUAUUUUAGAAGAAUCGUACAACAUAAGGGAUGAGGAGAAAGAACAAAUCUCAGGCAAGGUUCUUGCAGAGAUUGAUAAAUGGCUGGAAAGGUUUGAUUGUCUUGUAGUCGGUCCAGGUCUUGGGAGAGACCCAUUUCUGCUGGGAUGUGUGGGUCAGAUCAUGAGUCAUGCAAGACAGCGCAAUGUUCCGAUUGUCGUAGAUGGGGAUGGGCUCUUUCUUAUUACAGACAAUCCUGAUCUUGUUAUUGGUUACCACUUAGCUGUCUUAACUCCAAAUAUCAAUGAAUAUAAGCGCCUGGUAAAAAAAGUACUGAAUUGUGAAGCAAAGGAUCAAGAUGCUCAUCAGGAAUUGCAAUUGCUUGCCAAACAGAUAGGCAGUGUUACUAUCAUGCGAAAGGGGAAAUCUGAUCUGAUAAGUGAUGGUGACAUAGUUAAAUCGGUGAGCCAGUAUGGUUCACCUCGACGCUGUGGUGGCCAGGGUGAUAUACUCUCUGGAAGUGUUGCAGUAUUUGUAUCUUGGGCUCGUCAACAUAGUUCAGCCACCGGAAUGGAUUCGACCAGCCAAAUGAAUCCAACUGUGAUGGGGUGCAUGGCGGGAUCUGUUUUGUUGAGGAAGGCCGCAUCACUCGCUUUUGCGAGCAAGAGAAGAUCCACUCUUACCGGCGAUAUCAUUGAGUUAUUGGGAAGAAGUUUGGAGGAAAUUUCACCCGCAUGUUGAUCAUGACAAUGAUGAAGUUGCGGUGGUGAUGGCCUUCUCAAAUAUUUCUCGCUGCACCUCUUGGUGCCUCUGCUUUUACAAGUACAGUUUUUUGCAUGCAUCUGUUCUUUUCCUGUUCAUUUUCCUAGAGUAUUCCCCCGUCCUCCCCCUAAACCCUCCCCUCCCCUCCC